AUGUCCGCCCCCGCUCUCAGCACGCCCAGGCGACCGCUCACGUGGCUCAUCACAGGCUGCUCUUCUGGGAUCGGCCUGUCACUUGCGCGGCUGGUGCAAGCGCGGGGCCACAAGCUGAUCGCAACCUCACGCUCGCCGGUGCGCACGCCCGAGCUGGUGGCCGAGGUGGAGCGCAACGGCGGGACGUGGCUGGCGCUCGACGUGACGGACCGCGACUCGGGCCGGGUCGUGGCUGAGCUCGAACACAACGGCCACCAGAUUGACGUGCUGGUCAACAACGCCGGCGGGUCGAUCCACGCGCCGUCCGAAAUCUACACCGAGGACGAGCUGCGCGCGCAGAUGGACCUGCUAUACUUUGGCCCAGCGCGCCUGGUCCGCGCCGUGCUGCCGCACAUGCGCCAGCGCCGGUCCGGUAUCGUCGUUAAUAUCAGCACGGGCGCUGCGCUCGAGGGCCGCGACAGCAUGGGCGCGUACGCCGCUGCCAAAGCCGCUCUGGACGCCAUGUCGCGGGUCAUGGCCAAGGAGAUCGCGCCGUUCAACGUCCGGCUGCUAGUCGUCAUGCUGGGCACGUUCAACACAAACAUGCCGAGCGUGGCGGCCAUGGGCGCGACGCCGCUGCCCGACGACUACAGGGGCUCCGUGGCCGACCAGACGAUGCGCCUGAUGAGCGGCGAGUUCCAGCCUGACGGCGACAAGGACAAGGCCGUACGGGCUGUCUUCGACGUCGUCGUCGGCGAGGGCCCCGUCGGCACCGGCCGCGAGGCCGAGCGCCUGCUGCCCCUCGGCAGGGACAUGGCCGCGCGCGUCAGGCUCGUCCAGGACAACCUGGCCCACACCAUGGAGGUCUUUGGCGAUGUAUGCAACAAUGUGUACAUAGAUGGGAGGUAG